AUGAAGUCCUCUGUCAUCUUAGCCUCUCUUACUGCCGCUACUGUUGCUCUUGCUGCUAACAAUACUACUACUAGCUCAACACCUUCAUCCUCUGCUACUGCUAGUGCUUCGACUGCAUCUUCUGGUGCUUCCAAUGAGCAUACUGUUAACACAGCUCUUGCCGGACUUGUUAUUUUUGGGUCCAUUGCCAUGAUCCUUUAA